AGGUUUCUGAUGGGAUAUAAACUUUCCAGCUCUCUGCUCUAGACCUGGGUGCUUGCGUGAUAUGUUAAUAUUGCAAGGCUAGUCAGCUAUUUUUUAUUGUAACGUGUGGGAUCAUAUCUAAUACUAGGAUUCACGAUGUCGGCGAUCUUCAAGAAGGCCAACACGGCCGUCAUCACCGGCGGAGCGUCGGGUAUCGGGCUUGCGCUCGCGCAGAAGUGUGUUGGUUACGGCAUGAGGGUGCUCGUGGCUGAUUGGGAUGCCUGGGGUCUGGACGUCGCGAAGCAGAGUCUAGGGGAGACGGCGACGACGAUGCAUGUCGAUGUUAGCAAGACAGAGGACUGGGCGCAGAUUAAGAGCGCUGUUGUCAAGGAUUUCGGCGGCCAAAUCAACUUCCUAGCCCUAAACGCCGGCGUCGGCGCCCGAACCGCCUUCGACGGCCCGGAAGCGGACAUCGCGAGCUUCCGGAAAGUCCUCGAUGUUAACUUCUUCGGCGUCGUAAACGGCAUCACUGCGCUGCUCCCCUUAAUCAAGGAGAAGACCGCCGCUGCUUCCUCCCUCGAGUCCGCUAUUGUCAUCACGGGCUCAAAACAGGGUAUCACUAACCCCCCCGGAAACCCAGCAUACAACGCCAGCAAAGCCGCCGUGAAGUCGCUCGCGGAGCAGCUGAGCUACGACCUCCGCGCAAACAAAGGCGUAGGGGUUCAUCUGCUCGUCCCGGGGUGGACGUGGACGGGAUUGGCUGGCGCGUCGGGCGACAAGGCGAAGCCGGAUGCGCCGUGGACGCCGGAGCAGGUGGCGAAUUACUUGGAGGCAAAGAUGGAAGAGGGGAAGUUCUGGGUCUUGUGUCCUGAUAACGAGGUUACGGAGGAGGUGGAUCGUAAGAGGAUGUUGUGGAGCGCACAGGAUGCGCCGACGGGGAGACCGCCGCUAAGUCGGUGGAGGGAGGAGUAUAAGGCGGAGUUUGGGAAGUUUAUGGAGGGUGGUGCGUGAGGUGGUGGUGUGUAGGUGAUGAAUAGGGUUAUGACGGUAUAUUUGUGGUUCUAUAUCAACUUCAGGAUGAGAAACCACAACACAUAUAAUACAGAACCGACAGGCACCUCAACCGCAGACACAAGCCCAACGUUUUGCAGACGGGGAAUAUAUGAUUUCGUUUCAUUGCGAAGUUAGAGCUCUU